AUGGAAAACCCAGGCACUCGGAAAUGUGUCAGCUGUUAUCUGAGCAAAGCAGCAGGCAAUUACCUUAGAUCAAUAUGCAAUACAUGCUUCGAAAGUGGUAUGACUUGCGAUUAUGACUUCCAAAGACACAUCCCGCAGAACGUAUAUGAGGGAAACCUAAAUCCUACGGACUAUUCUUCAGCAUGGGCGUGGAGGGAAGCCAAAUCCGACGAAAAGAACAGAGCAUCGAGAGCGUUACUUGACGAAGGCGAGGACAACGAGGACGACGAAGACGAUGAUGGAGAUGUUGGAAUAACCGAAAUUACACAGAGCAUGCAAAGCACUUCCUUAAGUGCAUCGGGAGGCCCGUACCGUAGACGGAGAAUUGUACCCCAUAUCGGCGAGUCAAUGGCCAAUCCAAAGAGAAGGGUUAUAUACAGCAAUCGAAAAGAAAUGGAUGCAUUCUAG